UAAAAUUAAUAUAAUUUUUGAUAUAAUAUGAUGGAGGUAUUUUAUUGAGAAUAAUUUUUUGUUAAUAUAUGUCGUAGAAACGCGAAUUUCCGGAAUUUACCCUGAAUCGGGCAGGAACACAGUAUUGACCGGUGGACUGUGAAACCAAAAACGAUCGAUCGAUCGAUCGAUCUGUCAUAAUUUCUUGAUUUCAGCGCUUAUUGUUUGAUCGUUGUUCGAAUUUUAGUGCCUCUUUGUAUUUCCCGUUGCUCAUGGCGGCUCCAUUCUUUUCAACGCCUUUCCAACCCUUCGUUUAUCAGAGUCAGCAAGAUGCUGUCACGCCUUUUCAGAUUUUGGGUGGUGAAGCUCAGAUAGUUCAGAUUAUGUUGAAGCCAGAGGACAAGGUCAGUGCAAAACCAGGUUGCAUGUGCUAUAUGUCUGGCUCCAUUCAAAUGGAAAAUGUUUAUGCCCCAGAAAAUGAAGCAGGAAUGUGGCAGUGGCUCUUUGGGAAGAACGUGACUAAAACAUAUUUUCUAAAUGCUGGAUCAACUGAUGGAUUUGUUGGCAUUGCUGCACCUUCUCUAGGAAGGAUUCUCCCGAUUGACUUGGCAACAUUCGGCGGUGAAAUAUUAUGCCAGCCAGAUGCAUUUCUUUGCUCUGUUGGUGAUGUGAAGGUCAGUAGCACAUUUGAUCAGAGGGCACGUAACGUUGUAGCUGGUGUUGAGGGAUUCUUGAGACAAAAACUAUCUGGACAAGGUCUGGCAUUCAUAGUCGGAGGUGGAUCUGUUGUGCAGAAAAAUCUGGAGGUUGGCGAAACACUUUCAGUGGAUAUGUCUAGCGUCAUUGCACUAUCGUCUACAGUAAACGUGCAAGUAAAAUAUAAUGGUCCAAUGAGAAGGGUGGUCUUUGGGGGGGAGAACUUGGUAACGGCGAUGGUGACAGGACCAGGAAUCGUGUUUAUUCAGAGUAUGCCCUUCCCUCGUCUUUCUCAACGCAUUGCUAGGGCAGUUACGUCUCCAAACAUGAGGGACAAUCCCAAGUUCUUCAUGCAGAUAGUCAUCUUCUUCUUUCUUGCUUAUCUUGUGCUGGUCUCAUCUUUGCUAUUUACAGACACGUAACUUUCUCAUAAUAUUUUCUUGGAUAAUUUGCCAAAGGAUGAUGGAAACAAUGCAACAAAAGUACCCUGUUCAGUCUUCCUUUUUCUAUAUUUCCGAUCAAUACACAUUAUCAUCUUUUCAUAUUUUGAUUGAAUUACAAUUUUGCCAUUCCAAAGACAA